UGAGGGGCGCACUUUUACUAUUUGCGGAAAGCAAGUGAUAAUGUCAGCCUAACAGAGCAGACUUUGGGGGUCUAGAAGUAAAAGCUUAUUCAUUUUUACUACAGUUAGCAGCCGUUAUUUAACCCGUAUCAACAAUACAACUCCGCUUUACAUAGCAAGCGUAUGUAAACUCACGGGCUAUAACGUUAUUUGUAGACAAUGGGACCUGUCAAACUCAGCACAACAACCAUCUGCAGUUCGCAAUGGCUGUCAGGAAAGGAUGCAGAUUCACUUUGGUGAUGGUUGUUUUACAAAAGCAGUCCUUUCUCUACCGCUGAUCCUGGCAGCCCUGGAUGGCGUUCCCUGUCCAGUUCUUUUGCCGGGGGCUUCGCACUGUUGGAUUAGUUCUCCUUUAUUAUGUCUUCUCUAUAGGCAUCACCUUUUAUAACAAAUGGCUGAUGAAGGGCUUCCACUAUCCCCUCUUCAUGACAUUAGUUCACCUCACCAUCAUCUUCUGCCUGUCGACUCUGACGCGACGGGCCAUGCAGUGGUGGACAGGGAAGCCCCGCAUUGUUCUGAGCUGGACAGAUUACAUUUAUAAAGUGGCUCCCACAGCUUUAGCCACAGCACUGGAUAUUGGACUUUCCAAUUGGAGCUUCCUCUUCAUCACCAUUAGCUUGUAUACCAUGACCAAGUCUUCAGCAGUGCUCUUUAUCCUGUUUUUCUCCCUGGCCUUUAAACUAGAGGAGCCGAACCCAUUCCUGAUCCUGGUGGUCCUGCUGAUCUCCAGUGGUCUGUUUAUGUGUACAUAUGAGUCGACCCAGUUCAACCUGGAGGGCUUUAUCCUGGUGCUGCUGGCUUCCUUCAUAGGCGGAAUCCGUUGGACCCUCACUCAGGUCCUCAUGCAGAAAGCAGAGCUGGGCCUUCAGAACCCAAUUGAUGCUAUGUACCACCUACAACCUCUUAUGUUCCUUGGCCUCUUUCCCCUCUUCCUGUAUAAUGAAGGGCUGAGCCUCAGUACCUCAGAAAAGUUAUUCCGGGUUACAGAGCUCUCACCUUUCCUGUAUUCAGUCAUCACACUGAGUGUCGGCGGUUUACUGGCCUAUGGUUUAGGCUUCUCAGAGUUCCUGCUGGUCUCUCGAACCUCCAGCCUCACGCUAUCCAUAUCAGGGAUCUUUAAGGAGGUGUGUACUCUGCUUUUGGCAGCAGCUGUGAUGGGAGACAAAAUGAGCAUGCUUAAUUGGCUGGGAUUCGCUGUAUGUCUGUGUGGCAUUUCAUUGCAUGUGGGACUCAAGACGUAUUAUUCCAAAAAUAAGGGACCGUCUUUAAGGCAGCUCAACAGUAAGAGCCCAGAGCUCGAGUUGCCAUUACUGCGGCAGAAGGGAGACGAAAGGGACGAUUCAGCUGCUGAAUACAAUGACGAAGAUGAGGAGCAAGAAAUCACUCUACACUGACAUCCCAGGAUACAGGCCACUGAAGUCUAGACUGUCUUCAUACUACUCAUUCCUUUACAACUGUUCCAACAGACUGACUGGACGGUGACGCCAAAGCUUUAGAGCAUCCAAAAACUGUCAUGUUCUGGACACACUGCCACAAAAACAGGGAGCAGCCUCUUCAGCUCUUUUCUUCCACCAAUCAUGUUUUUGGGCCAGGCCAGGGCCUCAUUGGCUCGCUGUAUAUUAACUGUGGGCUUGACACAAGUUACAAUCUUUUGCCUUAGGGGAGCUUAAAAAGUGUAGCUAAUACAUCCAAGUGUCAACAAAGUAUGAUGUAUGGGAAGAGAGAGGGUGUUAAAGGGAUACUAUGACACCUUGAAUUGUAGUGGCUCAUUUUUCUUUGCUAGAUACUUGUCACGCAGGAGGAAUAUCCUCUUACUUUUUAAUAUGUAAGUAUGUGUAUUUCUAUAAUAGUAAUAUUCUGUCAAAUGGCACGGGUGCCUACAAAAUAAGCUGUUGGGAAACUGAAGGAGAAAUGUAGAAACUAUUUAAUGAGGAUACAAGUGUCUGGUUUUGAAAAAAAAUGACUAUAGUUUAAAGUGUCCCGGUAUCCCUGUAAUGUAGAGUGGGAGCAGUGGUAACAUCAUUUCAGAUUAUCUUAUUUCUUUUCCUUUUUAUUAUGUAGCAUUCUGAAGGUUUUUUUUGUUGUUUAUGAAUUGGAUGGAUUAAUAUUAGAUGUAAUAUAGAGGCUCAGGUUCCUGUGUCUGCAGAUGGCUUUGCUGCUCUUCCUGUGGGCUAAGUUAACAAAGCUAAUAACAAUUUAAUACAGAUAGAUCAAUGAGCUCGGUAGGACAGCAAUUAGCAACUAUCGUUAAUCACAUAAUUUUUUGGUUAAAAAAAAAUCUGAAAACAUGAAAAAGGCCGAUCACAGUUUCCUAAACCCUAAGGUUACAUCUUCAGAUUGCGUUUGAGUUUGAGUUUUGUCCAACCAACGGUCUAAAACCCAAAGAUAUUCAGGGGCCUUCACAGAAAACAAAGGAAGCAGCAAACGCUCACAUUUGUGAAGCAAAUGAACGGAAUGCUCGGCCUUUUUGCUGAAAUUGUAAAUUGAUCAUUAAAUUAAUUUCUGAUUAAUUUUUAUGUCCAAAGAGUUAAUUAAUGUCAGGUUUGGUGACAGAAAGGCUCUUUGAAUGUGUUUUUUUAUGGUGUAUGUCACAGUGUGAUUAUUUUUAAUCAAAUUUCCUUCAGAGGCUGCUAACUAAAACUAUAGCAGUUAUUUAAAGGGGAGCAUCACCUACAUGAAGAAUUCCCAUGUGUUAUUUUCAUGGCCCGGAGAAGUAUCAUCAGUAUUAGCGAACAUGAGCUACUCUCUCAAAACCAGAAACCAGAGAAGAAAGUCUCAAAUUUGUGAUGUCAUCAAGUAUUAAAUCUUGAGCUGCUUCAUAGACAAUGAAUGGGAGGCCGAUUUUGUGGACUCACAGAAUGUUUGUUUUUCUUCUUUAUACCCAAAUGAGCUUUAUUCUGUUGUAUUGUUCUCAGAUCUGAAACAGAAAAUGUAUCCAUAUACUUAAAACUCCCCUGGGUGCUCUCAGCGUCAUCCAUACUUUCUUUCCCAAUUCAUUCUAGUCUAUGGAGCAGCUCCUGGCUUUAUAUUCUGUGACAUCACAAACUGAGUCUUAGCACUCUAGUUUUUGGAUUUGGGAGAGUGAGUUCAUGUGCUUAUAUUUUUGGACUGUCUUAGACCAUAGGAAUAACAUGUAAAUUCUGAAAAUGGGUGCAAUUCCCCUUUAGUUCAAGUACUGAGCUGCAGGGUCAAAGACUAUUUAUUGAAUCUAAACUUUAUGGUCUCCAGUCACUCUAGUUAUUAUUUGAAGAGACGUGUAUAUGACUACACCUCGAUGUGCCUUGUUAACAUCACAGCAGUCAAGAGGACUUAUUUUUAAAAUCCAUCAUAACUGAGUCAGUGAUUAUGUAGCUGAAUAACUUGAGAUUAAAGCCAUUUAAGAAGUGAA